AUGCCCCGGUCGCAGGCCUUUCACGUGGGUCGACAGCCCCUACAAGACCAACGAGUGCCACUGGGAUCAGCCCACAUCUCGGGUCCACUGGCCUUUUGCAAUCCAACACGGGCGCAUUUUCCAUUGUCCACGCAUUCGCAGCUGCACCAAGAACCCGUCGAGAAACCUCGCAUUGAAAGACUCUGGCGCUCUAGGGAUAACCGGAAAGGCCGCCAUGCGCUCACCAUCCACCAGCGACCGCCGGGACUCGCAGGCAAGACGUACCCCCGGAAAACAAUCCACCCGAUUGCCAUCGCCAACGGGAUUCUUCGCAUGUUCACGACCUUCCCCUACUGGGACAUUUCCUUCUGGGUGGCUUUGGUCUUUACGGUCGGAUCGGGAAUCUGGGUCAUCAACGCCUUUUUCGUCUGGUUGCCGCUGGAAGACCCGUCCACCGAAUUUGCGAACGAAGUCCUUACCGGCGGCGGCGUCACGGCCUUUAUCGGCGCGACGGUCUUCGAGUUCGGCAGUAUUCUGCUCGUUCUCGAAGCAGUCAACGAGAACCAGACGGGCUGCUUCGGCUGGGCAGUCGAGACGGCCGCCAAGGAAGCCACCGAUGCGGCCGAAGAGGCCGUCGUGCGAAUCAAGUCCGACAGGGACUUGUGUCGGCAUCAUCAUGCGAACCGUCGUUCGUUCCUGUCGCCGUCCGAGGCAAGACAGGACUCGAACGAACAGACAGGGAUUGCUCGAAGGCGGUCGUUUGCCUGGCUUCCUACACUGAACGAACUCCGCUCCCAUUAUCGCCAUGAGAUCGGAUUCUGGGCUUCGGCCGUGCAGCUCGUCGGAGCUACCAUCUUCUGGAUCGCCGGCUUCACCGGUCUUCCUGGCAUCAUGAAUCAUACGAGCCCAGCAGUCACCAACGGCGUCUUCUGGGUGCCGCAGAUCGUUGGCGGUGCGUGCUUUAUCCUCAGCGGCCUGCUUUUUGCGAUCGAAACGCAGCCGAAAUGGUAUAUCCCCGCCAUGCACAUCCUCGGCUGGCAUAUCGGAUUCUGGAACCUCAUCGGGGGUAUUGGGUUCACCCUCUGUGGAGCGCUGGGGCCAGCAACGGCCAACUCGGGGGUCGAGUAUCAGAGCACGCUGGCGACGUUCUGGGGGUCGUGGGCGUUCCUGUGGGGGUCAGUGAUACAGUGGUAUGAGAGUUUGGAGAAGCAUCCUGUGGAGGAGAAGCAGUAA